CCAAGCAACGGCGGCGGAGCUCCGAGCGAACGCGUGCAAGUCUGUAGACAGGAGAAACACGCAGAACCGGCGAACACGGAGGAUUACCGAGACCUGUGGAUAAUUUUUGCUGGUUUUUGGAAGAAAUUUGUUGUCUUUCGCCGGACUCUGUGGACGCGGUUCAGCCGAAAAGCAACUUUUUGAGAGCCUCGCGGGCCGCGGGGAACCGGGGAGGCUUAAACCGGUGAAACGGGCUCGCUAAAGCUAACGUUACACCGAACGGCGAUAGAUACUGGUGCUGGAGUUCCGGUUUAUUGGAGAGUUCAGAACUUUAACCUGCUGCUUUAUAAACAAAACGACAUUUUAGCUAACCUAUAUAUUUAACAGAACUGAGAAAUAACAGCACAUUUGCUAGAUAGCUAUUAUCGAUGUUAUGAUAAAGUGAGGUGGAUUUUAGGAACAUAGUAGAGGUAACAAACUAUAAACAUUAACAUUACUGGCUUGUGGAUAUUAAGCAGCAUUUUGUAGCGAAAUUGUUAGAUCAUUAUUCGAUUAUACUCUGUAGAUUAAGUUUGUGGACUCAACCUUUUUCACGUGUUGGACGAUUAAACUGGAUAAAAUAAAAAUAGCUAAAAACUAACUUAAUAGCCACACUGGUAAGCGAUAUUAAUUUUGAUGGUUUUGUUGUUUGGAGCUUUUUUAAAUCUUUUUUUAACUAAAAUAACACGGUUCUAGUUUUCUUUCUUUCUAAAUAUUUAAUACUACGAAUAAAUAAGAAAUAAGCUUAAAUUAAAUAAGAAUACAUAAAUGAUUAAUACUAAUUAUUAGAAAUUAAACGCAUACAAGCAUUACAUUUAUUAUCUCGUGAUAAAGUUGGGGAUGUUUUUCGUCUCGAAACUUCUUCUUCUUUGCCACUUCUUUCGUAACAAACUAAUCGCCCCCAUGCGCGCCCCCGCCGUGCACGCGAGCGCAUCGCCGGUAUGAGGAGCGGCACCGUCGGCGUCAGAAGCAGCGGCACGAGUGCCGGUGCCUCGCGCGCAUCCGCGGGACGAUGAGCGCGGAUCUGGAGCUCGAGCUGGAGCGCGUGUCGCUCGGCUCCUCGUCGGCCGCGUCGUCCACCGGCGGCUCGCGCUCCCUCUCGGCAAACGUGCGGCGCCUGCACCGCGCGCUCAACGUGCUGCUGAGCGACCCGGAGCGCGAGCAGUUCGUGCACUGCCUAAACGCGUACCACGCGCGGCGCAACGUCUACGACCUCGUGCAGACGCUGCGCGUGAUCCUGAACGUGCCGAGUAAACGGCAGCUGUUGCCCAUGCUGCGCCUGGUUAUCCCGCGUUCCGACCAGCUGCUCUUCGACCAGUACACGAGCGAGGGGCUCUACAUCAAGCCCGAGCCGCUCGCGAGCAACGGGAGCCCGGAGACGCCGGCGCGAGCUCCCAUUGAGGACGACGCACGGAGCAGCAACAGCAUCACCACCACCGCGACCACCACCACCGGCGACGGAGGCAGCUCAACGGCGCUCGUGCCGCUGCUGGGGGCGCACUUUGUGCCGGACACCCCUGGUGAGGUCAGGCGCGUGACCCUAAAGCGCCACAAGAGCCAGGAAGGCUUGGGCUUCAGCAUUCGCGGGGGCUCCGAGCACGGGGUGGGCAUCUACGUGUCCCUGGUGGAGCCCGGCUCGCUGGCUGAGAAGGAGGGGCUGAGGGUCGGUGACCAGAUCCUGAAGGUCAACGAUAAAGUGUUUGACGCGGUCACGCACGCGGAGGCAGUAAAGGUGCUGAAGGGCAAUAAGAAGCUGUCUAUGUCUGUGCGCUCUGUCGGACGUAUUCCUGGUGGUUAUGUCACCAACCACGUCUACACUUGGGUGGAUCCGCAGGGCCGCAGUGUGUCUCCACCUCCAGACCUGAUGGAGCACCGCAGCGCCACCCUGCGCCGGAACGAGAGCCAACGCCGAAGCAACAUGCAGCUGCUACAGGAGGGCGACGAGAAGAAGGUGAAUCUGGUGCUGGACGAUGGCCGUUCUCUGGGUUUGAUGAUUCGCGGCGGGGCAGAGUACGCUCUUGGAAUUUACAUCACUGGAGUGGACAGAAGCUCUGCAGCAGAGUGUGGAGGACUGAAGGUGGGCGAUCAGAUCUUGGAGGUGAAUGGGCGGAGCUUCCUGAGCAUCCCUCACGAUGAGGCAGUGCGAGUGCUGAAAUCCUCGCGCCACCUGAUGAUGACUGUGAAGGAUGUGGGCCGGCUGCCGCACGCUCGCACCGUGGUGGGAGAGACAAAGUGGAUCGCCAGCUCACAGAUCACCGACAGCUCGUCCAGCAGCAGUGUAGCAGGGCUUUCUCUGGAUCACGGAGCUUCAGCCUCAGGAAAGGCGGGGUUUUAUAAAGGUGUAGCAGGAUCUCAGGUGACUCUCUCCAGUCUGGUGAACCAGAGCAGGGCGAUGCUGGAGGAACAGGCCAGGCACCUGUUAACUGAGCCCGAGAGACAGACGAUGAACUACUACAUACAGGAGUAUCGUGAUGGACACAUAGGAGUUGAGCAGCUGGUCAUGGCUCUGUUUGAGCUCCUAAACACUCAUGCCAAGUUCUCGCUGCUGUCGGAGGUGCGGGGGCUGGUGAGUGCGCAGGAUUUGGAGCGGUUUGAUGCGCUGGUGCUGAGGCGGGAGAUUGAGGCGCUGAAGGCUCGGCAGGGAGCGGCGGGAGCGGCGGCACUUCACCCAGAUUCCUUCUCCAUGGUGUCCUACCCCGACACACUGGCCUCCUCUGCCAGCUUCAUGACCAACACCACGCUCAGCUCUGCACGGAAUGACAGUGUGGUGGAGAGUAAUGGGGAGGAUGUCCAGGACGGUGGGAAUGCCCUGCCGGACGUUUCUCUGGAUGAUAUGGGUUCCACCUCAGACUCCCCUCCCUCCUUCAAACCCCCUCCUCCCCCUGCCGUACAGCGCCGCCCCAGCCGUAAGUCCGUCCCCAACAAGCGUCCCUCCUCCGGCUCCUCCCAGUCCGGUCUGUACUUCACCGCCCCCUCGCACACGCCCACCAAAACCAAUAAACCAUCCAGACCACCAGCCACACUCACAGAUGCCCCGAGAAAAAAUCCAGAGAGAGUCCCGGUGGCCCAGCUGUCCAUGGUCAGUAAGCACCCUGUCGGCCCUUUCCCCAGAGUUCAGUCUCCCAGCAGGGCCAAACCUGCAGCGGUGCCACCCAAUCCCCCUCCAGCUCCAGCAGUCCCAGCUCCCCCUGCACCACCUCCUCUUUCCAGCCCAGAGAAGCCCACCCCCUCCUCUCCUGCCUCCAACCAGCACUUUGUCAUGGUGGAGGUGCACAGGCCCAAUGCAGAGCCUGACGUGAACGAGGUCCGGCCUCUGCCCCAGGCCAGAGGUGAGGACACCCAGCAUAAUUCACAGGGAGCUGCUCUGUCUCAGCUGUCUGACAGUGGACAGACGUUAAGCGAGGACAGCGGUGUGGACAUUGCAGAGUCAGGACGUCUCAGCAAGGACAGCAGCCCUCGUCCAGCCCGGACACGUCCUUCAAGAGAGAGCACAGGGGGAGGGGAGGGGAGUGCUGUCAAACCGCCUGGUCUCCUGGAGCCCACGUCCACUCUGGUGAGGGUGCCGAAAAGUUCCAGCACGCUGGGCAUCGCCAUUGAGGGAGGGGCCAACACACGCCAGCCCCUGCCUCGCAUCGUCACCAUACAGAGAGGAGGCUCAGCCCAUAACUGUGGUCAGCUGAAGGUGGGUCAGGUGAUUCUGGAGGUGAACGGGAUCUCCCUGAGAGGACGGGAGCAUCGAGAGGCAGCUCGCCUCAUCGCCGAGGCCUUCAAGACCAAAGAGAAGGACCACGUCGACUUCCUCAUCACAGAGUUCAACGUGGCGUUAUAGGAGCGCUCAGGGCUACACAGGAGGAGGCCUCUCUCGGUUCUUGGGGAGAAACCAGAGGAGAACUGAAGAGACGGAUGAGAACUGAGGCUUCACUAGCAUGAUGCCAACACCAGUCCCCAGCCUACUGCUCCCUUAUUAUCGAAUAGUGUCCUAAAGCAGCCCUGCUCUCAGUGUAGGACCUGGGACAUAAAGAAGAUGUUUUGGACACUUUGUGACCUGUCAUAGCUGUGACGACUGAGAGGACGCUGUGGACAACCAGUGUUUGAACUGAAUCUGGCAGAGUAGUGUAGACUGUAGACUGUUUCACCUUCAACUUCCUACAUCUCUGGACUACAGGACAAGCAUUGCUAUGAGCCAGAAAGACUUCAUUCUGCAGAGUGUUUUGAUAUUCUGUACUGUCCGUAUUGCAACAUCCAGUCCCAUCCAGUCCGUUCUCACGAUGGAGUCUAUUAGCAUCACAUUCCCUUUCCUUGACCACUUAGCUUCAUUUCAAGUUUUAAUUCAUUUAUUUAUUUAUUUUAUAUAAAAGGAUAUGUAUGAAUGAACAGUGAUGAACAGAGAUAUAUACAGAGAACUAUAGACGCUCACAAUUAGCACAUUUAUUUAUAAAGUAUCUUAUCUCCACCUUAUUUUCCAUUACGUCAAGUGAGAGGAGGCCAUCUUUAUUUACUUUGCAUUAGAACCUCUGGUGCAGUAGCAGAUCUGUUCAUAUAGAUUACACCCACACUGACAAUACCCAUACAAAAUCAGUAGCAUGAUAUGUUCAGUAUGUAACUGAUUGGAAGAAGAGAAGAGUUUUGUGUAAACAACAUGGUUAUGAUCACAAGACACAAAAAGACUUAAUAAUAAAACAAUAACUUACAUCCUUCAGCUUCCAAUCAAGAGGAGCUGCGUCUGUGGUUGAAGUCGCUAAAUUGGCAAACGUUUGUUGGAUUAGCAUCGUAGUAAAUUCUAAAAGGAAUCUAGAUGACUAGGCGAUUAAUCUGUGUAACCCUAUUAAUUUAAAAAACAAUACAAACAUAAAUAAUUUUAUAUUUAAUGAUUGAAAAUUUAACACAAAGGCAGAACAUACAAACUCUUACAAAAAUGUUCUUGGCUAAAUAAGGUGGAUACUAGCACACGGUUUGAGAGAACAGGAGGGAAAUUCAGCUGCUUGACUCCUCGCCGCAGUUUCCUGAGCGAAGCGUGGAAAGGGUUCUGUCUGUAAUUGCCUUUUUUUUAUUGCGAGUCAGUCGGCUUAAUUUCUUUGUUUGCGCUGGUUUUUAGUCGACUGUGUCAUGCGGUAAUUACUCUUAAGCUGUGGCAAUUAAGCGGUGGGACAGAACACACCGGGGUUUUUUUUGAGGAUGGAGCAGUGGAACACAAAAUCCUUCCUCCAGAUUUAGCUGUAGAGCUGAAGAUCCAGAGGAAAUGAAGAGGCACUUUAUCCAAUUAUGACAGCAGAAUCAGGAACAAGACAUGCUAAUCAGGGAGAGGAGGAGGAACAGAGAAAAGAGAGAAAGAAGGAGAGAGAGAAAGAAAGAGGCAAAUAUAUGUGUGGAGAAAGAAGAGAGAGAGAGAGAAAGGCAGGGAUGUGUGUGGAUAAAGAAGAAGAGAGAGAGAGAGAGUGAUAGAGAGAGAUGUGUAGCUGGUGUAACUAAUGAAAAGUUGCCGGGUGCUGAAAUCCCCUGUGAGAGAUGUGAGGGGAGACAGGGGCCGCAGUGGGGGGCAGGCUAACCACUGAUGUGUCACUCAUGUUACAUAAGAAGAGUGGUGGAGAGAGAGAAUGAGAGAGAGAGAGAGCAUGAGAGAGAGAGAGAGAGAAAGAGAGAGAAGUGUUGUGUUCUUACGCUCUAAGUUUGGGCGUGCAGGAGACAGUGAUGGAGUGAUGGUGGCAGGGUGUGUGUGUGAAUGGAUAAUAGAGCGAGAGUAUGGUAUGUGAGAGAGAGUGUGUGAGAGAGAGAGAGUAAGCAUGAGAGAGAAUAUGUAAUAGAGCAAGAGAACAUCCUGUACACUGCAUGUGUUUGUGUGUGUGUGUGUGUGUGUGUGUGUGAGCUGAGGUAUGCAUGAGCCUGUCUGAAGAAGAACACACUGUCCUCUUCCAACACUCAGCCCUAAUGACUGCACUCACCACACACACACACACACACACACACACACACACAGGCUUACAUGGUCUCGUCAUAUGCUCGGCUAUGACACCUGUCUUCAGACUCUCCUCAGCACACAUCUCACCACAUCUGAACUCACCACCUGGAGUGUGUGUGUGUGUGUGUGUGUGUGUGUGUGGAGUGUACUUGGACUUCCCUCACAGUAAGUAGAAAUACAGUGGGGUUUAUGAACAUGUGUUAUGAAAUGUAAUAAUGGCACUGAGGUCAUUCUCUUCUGUGUUUUAUCACCUGUCAACUCACAUAUUCAUAGAAUGCUGAAGAAAUUACUAGAAUGAGGCUAGCAGCUGAGAUUUUAAGCUGUAGAAAAGGCUGCAGGUGUGUUUGAACCCCUUAAACUGCAGGAACCUUGUAUUUUUUUU